UGGCGAGUCUAGGAGAAAUAUGGGUGCUUCAAAGUAACGCAAGAACAUUUAGCAUGGUAGUAGGUGUUUCUUAAGUCAUGUGACAUCUCCCAUCGCCCAGUAUGAGGGUUCUGAAAGAGAACAUGUUCUUUGUGCUGAAUAACAAGAUCAUCAAGAGUGUGAUCAAUUUUUCCACGGCAGCCUUGACACCUGGAGAUCCUAGAGUUCGAAAAAAGAAUCCGAAAUAGUUGACCCACUGAGUGCUGAGGAGAUCGAGAUGGAUGGUAUAGUGGGGGUGGCCCAGAAAGAGGACCUUGCACACUGUUAACAGAAAUUGGAGAAUAAACUCCAACUGAAUUGUGACCAAAAGUGGCAUACAGAGCACUUAUUCCAACAGAGUACACAUUCCGUUGUGAUGAAGCAGAUGGAGCAGACAAUUCAUGCUCAGAGCUACCAAAGGGAGAGUUCUAGAGAGAGGGUGGGCAGGGUGUCCUUGAUACUGAUCGUUUUUUCACUUCACCAAUGUUGUUGUUAGAGUCAGAAACGAUGACUAUGGGACUAUUUACUCAUUUUGAGCCCGGAUUCAAGAAGAUAAUUAUAACUACUAUAAUUAUUAUCACCAUGUGGCUUGAACGCGCAUGCGCACAAAGUAGUCUAUGUGUAAAAAAAGUUCAUGUCCGUGUCCAUAUCCGGUGUCCGUGUCCGUGUCCAGCUUUUCCAUGCACCCGUUUUGGACUAGAUCUUUGCGACCGUGUCCAUGUCCGGUGUCCGUGUACGUGUCCUGCUUUUCCAUGCACCCUAAAAAUUAGACUGAAUAAAAUAAUAAUGUUUAUUCCAUUCCUGUCUUCUCUUCUUGAACUUCUUGCUUCUUGAUGUUCCUCUUAGGUAUUUCACUUUCAUUAUUGAGAAAAGAAGGCCGGUGAAGGAGGCUAACUCCUCAAUUCCCUGAGUGAAGUGCGGCCUGGGAUCGAGACGUAUAAUAUACUUCUGUCCAACAACCACUUAUUAUUAUCUUCAACAAGAUUACAGGACAAAAACAAAUAAUUAUUAAUCAAUGUCACAUUUAUCUUAUCAUUAAUGUACUACUGUAAUGAAAAAGAAAGGGAAUCAAAACUAAAAAACAUUUGCAAUGUGAACGUUGCGGAUUGCCAGGAAAAGGAAAAGCACAAAAAAGCGAAGAAACAAGAAAUUCGGCGAGUGCAUAACUCCAAUCCGUUACAACGUCAUUAACAUGUACAGUCGAGUGGCCUACUGUUGAUAAUGAUUUUAGAAUCAAAACACAAGUUGGGUAAAAAUGAACUGAGAAGAAUUCACAAUCAUCCACUCACACAUCCAACACUUGCAUGAUUGCUCAACACUGUAAGGGAAAACAUCACAAACACAAUACAUACCUUGCAAAAAAUUUAUAAAAGUUACAGAAGGAUUUGCGGAAAAGCACAAAAACAAAACAAAAAAUUGCUUAAAACAGUACAUGUGAAUGAAGUUGUAACGGAUUGGAGUUAUGCACUCGCCGAAUUUCUUGUUUCUUCGCUUUUUCGCGCUUUUCCUUUUCCUGGCAAUCCUAGCAACGUUCACAUUGAAUGUUUUUUAGUUUUGAUGUAUUGUAUAAAUGUCCAUCAACUUCACACACAGGUGGGAAUGAUCUCCUUUGGAUUCUGUCUGACUUUAAAUGCCUCAAGGGAGACAAUCUACUGUUCUAUGGACCAGACGACGAAUACAUUCCUCCUCUGGCGUGUAAGUUCAGCGUAGUUGGUCUAAAUGGUAACCUGCUGGCUGUGGCAGACGAGGAGGGAAUUGUAGGACUGUACGACACAGGGAGAAAACUAUCGGACCUCAAACAGUCUAAACUUUCCAAAUUUGAAGCCCACAGAAAUGCAGUGUUUGAUAUUGCUUGGUUGCCUGGAGGCACACAACUUGUGACUGCCUCAGGGGACCAGCAACUGUGUCUAUGGGAUGUGGUUGGGGAGACACUCCUGACCACUUUCUCUGGUCACAAGGGAAGCGUCAAGUCGGUUUGUGUCAAGAAGAACGAGCCCAGUGUGAUAGUGUCUGGUAGUCGUGAUGGCAGUAUCAUGGUGUGGGACACUCGGUGCACUGGUAAAGGGUCAUCGCAGAAACCUAUCAACAUCAUACACUCGGCACAUGAGAAAGAGGGACGAAGACAAAAUGGCCGCAAUAAAGCAACGUGUAGUGCGUCUAGUGUGACAGCUGUGCUCUUCCAUGGAGACAAGAUAGCUUCCUGUGGGACCAGUGAUGGUGUUGUGAAGCUGUGGGACAUGCGACGAUACUACACAAACCACAAACGUGCCCCACCCCCCUGCUGGCACUCGUUUGCCCCUGUGGAGAGAGGGGGGCGUGUCUACGGGUUCAACUCCCUCGUGGCCGACACCCAUCAGAGCGCUCUCUAUGCCAGUGCCACUGAUGACAUCAUCUACAAGUACAGUACAAGCACCCUGGGGCAGGCACCUAUGGAUGGCUACAGUGGACACAAGAGCUCCUCUAUGUUCUACUCCAAGGCCUGUCUCAGUGGGGAUGGGGAAUAUCUACUGACUGGCUCCAGCUGUGGCUCUGCCUAUAUCUGGAAGGUGAGGGACUCCCGAGUUCCCCCUCUACUGCUCCAGGGUCAUAGCAAGGAGGUGACAGCUGUAGACUGGUGUCCCACCAACCUGGACAAGGUGGUGACAUGCUCUGAUGACAACGACUUGUUUCUAUGGCGAGUGAUGAGGGGUGGGCAGUGCGCGUGUCAGGAGAGAGGGGCCUGCACCAUCGGGGACACUACCCAGUGCAGUGGAGGUGAGCAUCUGAAGGCUCAAAAAAGGAUUCUAGAGAUGUACAGACAAGCACAACCAUCCACCGAGACUCCCCCUAAAAAUCACACCCUCACUCCCUCCAGUACGAAACAGACUAACUGUAUCACUCAAAACCCGUGGAAUCCGAAAACCAAGACAAAAUCAGGCUCUCUUCAAAUCAAUUCAUGAAAUCAACCCACAAUCUCCUCUACAAUGACUCAAAUUUCGAAUUCAACCUCUACAACUAAUUCAAAAACAACCCCUAAUCAAGAAGACAUGACAAGAAGUAACAUCGCUACCCCUAUACCAACGAUCACUCCAUCUAAAACAGACUCUGAGAACCUCCCCCAAACAUUGGCACAAGAGACUCCGCCCACUCAUGUCUCCGCCCUCGGUAGUCGUAAGAGAAAGCUUAUGCUGUCGGCCAAACAGAGCACAAAGAAAGUGAGAAAGAGUUGCUCAACUUGUGGGCCAUUAGCAGCCGACAAGAAGUACGUAUGUCGCUAAGAGAACUGCACAGACUUGUAGCAAAUGUAUGCCUUCUCUGCGUAGUUAUUUCAAACCACAAUAGAACACUUUCUGUUUCAGUAUCACGUGUGACAUUGUUCAACUGUUAAAUUUGUCAUAUAAUAAUUAUUAUUGU